AUGACGACUUUGCCACCUGUGCAGUUAGAAUACUCCAAGCUUGCCCUCUUAACAAGAAAGAGGGCAACAUGCUCCCCAGCAGGCCUCACAAAGGCUCAAUUAAUGAAAAUUAAAAAUGAGACAGAUAAGUAUCUGGAACAGAAGUGGAAAGGACUGACAAAAGACGAGGCAGCUGGCUACCGGAAUUCAUACAAGAAGAACAUUUGUAUAGACAUGCUCCGACACGGCCAUCAUAAAUCCUUCUGUGAGCUCUUCUUCCUGAUCAACAAGUGGCACAACUUGAGGGAGAUCGGAGGGAUUCGGUCCAUCUAUUGGCUGCAGACGCCCCUGGAGCUUCUGCCUGAUAAACUCGACCAAUUGUUCUUCUUCUUGACCAGAGCUGAAGAUGCUGAGCUGGCAGCUCACUAUGAAGACAUGUACAAUAACAUAUAUGCUUUGGCCUGUUACUUCAACAACCCGGAUGACAAGUGGUUGAGGAAUUACUUUUAUGAACGGUGUUUUAACAUUGCUCAACUGAUCAAAGCUGAUGGUGGAAAAAAAGAAGCAGAAUCCUACUCACUCAUGGGCCUUCUCUUCGAAGAAAAUGGUCAGCUUGAAGCAGCUGUUGAUCAUUAUGAAACCUUCCAUGAGAUGACAGAGGGACGGACAUGGGCAAAUGAGGAUGGCCAGACUCUCAACUACGUGGCAUGUGAAAAUCUCCGGAGGAUUUAUGCACAGCUAGCACAAAAAAUGCUGAAUGACAAAAAAUACAAAAAGGCCAUACGGAUUCUCUUGAAAGCUCGUGAAAGAGCCAAAGAAGGGGGUGACAAGAAGAUGGAAGGAGAAGCUGCCUAUGAUUUAGGCUUAGCAUAUCAUAAAGCUGGAGAAUUCGAACUGGCAAAAUCAGCUCUCAACGUCUUCUCAGAAAUCUCCGUAGCCCUAGAAGAUGCUAUUGGCCUAAGUAGGGCCUAUGAAGCCAUUGCCAAGGUCCUAGUAAGCCAAGGAAAUACGUUGGAAGCCCUUGGUUUCUUGGAAAAAGUUGUGGAAAUUGCAAGAAAUACGUCCCAGAAAGGAAGAAUGGUCGAAGCCUGUACAAUGCUUGGGGACAUUUAUAAUGAAAAAGGAUUUUAUACAAAAGCCUGUGAGUUCUUUAAGCAAGCGUUUGAUACAACCACUGAGUUCAUGAAUUUCUCACUUGUGGAUGAGACCAAAGUCCACUAUGGAAUUGCCAAGGCUCACCAGAUGAUGGGAGCAGUCAAUAAUUACAUAGAAACUGCUGAUUAUGACAGCCUCAAUCACCUUCUGACAUGGAAAGAGAACAGGAGCAGCAUUGUCCCGGACCCCAGCGCUGGUAAGGCCAUGAAACGCAUUCAUUUCAAAAGCAAUUGA